AAAUAUUUUAUGCUUUAUGAUAAUUUAAUAUUAUUUUAUUUUAUUAUAUCUAAAUACAAAUAAUAGUUUUUCUUUUGUUUUAUAUUAUAUUGUUUAAAUAAUUAUUUUAAAAUUAUUUUUUAAAUUAAUUUUAAAAUUAAAAUAAAAUAAAAUAAAUCAAUAUAAAUAUAUUUUUUUUUAAUCAAAUAAUAUAUUUAAAUUAAAAAUAUUAUAAUAAAAAAUCAAAUAAUUCGAAUAAAAAAAUUUUUAAUAAAACUAUAAAAAAAAAAAUGAAAAAUUUAAAAAUUUUAUUUUUAAUAAUAUUUUUAACAUCAAUAAAAUUAAUAAUCGCAGACGAAUCAUGUUCAUGGCCAGAUUUUAAAAAAUCAGGUGAUGAAUGCGAAAACUCUGAUGAUUGUGAAUAUCCAAAUUUUUGUAAAGAUGGUCAAUGCUCAGGAUUAUUACAACAAGGUGAUCCUUGCUCUUCAGAUGAAGAAUGUGGUUUCCUUUAUAAUCAACAAGCAGUUUGUGUAGAUAGUGUAUGUCAAAUCAAUUUAAAGAAUGGUGAUCCAUGUGGUGAAGGUCAUCCAGGUGUUUGUAUUGAAGGCACCAUAUGUCAAUACUCAAGAUGUCAAAUUGAAGGAAAUAAAUGUAAAGUCGAUAGUGAUUGCCCAUUUAACCACUAUUGUGAAGAUACCUCAUCUACAUGUACACCAAUUGUAACUCAAAAUUCAUGUUCUCGUGACUCAAUGUGUCCAAUGACCCAUGUUUGCUAUAAGAGUCAAUGUAUUGCCAAAUUUACCAAAGAAAUUAGCGAACCAUGUUUCAAUAACGGCGAAUUAUGUAAUGUUUUUGGUGGUGAAGAAUGUAGCACUAUGGAUAAAAUCUGUAAAAGUAAUUCAAGAUAUGGUAGUUCAUGUUAUGUCGAUGGUGAUUGUGGUUCAGGUAAAUGUAAUUGUCAAGAUGGCAAAAAAAUUUGUGUAGGCGCCAACUACACCCUUAGCAACGGCAAUUGCCUCAAAAUGUUAAAUGACUUUAUGGGUUGCACUCAAAAUGUUACCAAUAGAGACCUCUGUUAUUCAUUAAAUCCAAUUUUAUGCCCAUGUUUCAAAGAAUAUGAAUGCUUCAAAUAUGAAUGUUUUGGUAAUGAACACUUUAAUCCAAAGAAAUCAUCAUAUUAUAGAUCAUUAAAAUGUGUUUCAAAGAAUUCUGAUGUAUUAAUUAACCAAGAAGGGGCAAAUGGUAGUAAUGGAAAAAGCAGCAAUAAUAAUAAACAAGGUUCAAGUGCUUCAUCUGUUACCCCUUUCAAAUCAAUAUCAUUAUUAUUAUCAGUUUUACUUUUUAUUUUCUCACUUUUUUAAUAAAUUAAUUUACUAAAUAUUUAUCUAAAAUUUUUUUUUUCUUAAUUUAUUAUAAAAACUUAAAAUAAAUUAUCGUGUGCUUUUAAUUUAUUAUAAAAAAACUUAAAAUAAAAAAAAAAACAAAUUAUUUUGUGUUUC